AAAGCAGACAAUGAAGAGGACAAUGGGAGACAGGAAAAGAACAGCGAUUACAAACAAGAAACCGAAAACUGAGUGGCCAGCCAUAGAACCCAAGUCUAAUCUUCGCAUAAAUCGCCUCAAAGACGACGAUCUGAUUACUAUUCAUAACUAUUUUACAUCUGCCGAAUCGAGAGCAUUUGUAAAUGUUGCGGAAUCAAUUGGUUUUGUUCACCAAGGGAGUCUUGGCCCAGCAAAGGGAGAAGCUUAUAGAGACAAUGAUCGAAUAUCCGUCAAUAGUCCUCUUCUUGCAGAAGCCAUAUGGGAGGCUGGGCUUAACAAAUUCUUUUCUGAUUUUAAGAUUCGAGGAAAAGUUGCAGUUGGGUUGAAUCCAAAUAUAAGAUUUUACCGGUACACAGCUGGUCAGCGAUUUGGACGACAUAUUGAUGAGAGCAUUGAUCUUGGAGAUGGAAGACGUACGCACUAUACUUUGUUAAUCUAUCUAAGUGGUGCUCCUAGUAAAACUAAUGCCAAGUCAAAAAACGACAAUAGUUCUCAAGAUUCUUUGGAGCCACUUAUUGGAGGAGAGACUGUUUUCUAUGGUCCUAGAAAUGCUCUGGUUGCCGAGGUACCUCCGACAGAAGGGAUGGCUCUGCUUCACAUUCAUGGUGCUAAGUGCAUGCUACAUGAAGCUCGAAUAGUGAGUAAGGGCAUCAAAGGGAAAGGUGAAUAUUGAAGAAAGGAAGAAGGGGAUAGGAUUUUGUAUGCACUUGCAGCCGCCACGGCCUUCCCCUUCCAACUUUGAAGUUCAUGUAAAGCAACUUUGAGCUUCAAUUCCAACUCCAAGAAAACAAGCGAAAAUCCUUUCAAGGCUUAGAAAUCCUCCAUAACGACGACUCCUGCGAUUUUGGCAUCACUUCACUUGGUCUAUUUCUCAACCGAGUCUACUCAAGCUGCCGAUACAUGUAAACCUGCUGGCGACGGUGCGUUUGUAUGAACAGACUAUUAUGGGUCUGGAUCUGGAUGUGGGAAGAUUUGGUUGAUGAAGUUUCCAAAAUUUUCUUAACUAGCAUUUUUGGGUUAGCAUUCAUGUGCUGCAGAAGGUUCUGAUAUUUUAUGUUUUGUUGGGUUAAAAUGUUUGGGUUUUGAGGGUAAAGCGUGAUCAUCUCAGUUUUGGUUAAUAGAGGCUGAGUUAUCAACUUGACCACUUUUGUAUGUAUUUAUGUACUUUUGUUCUAAUUGUAUACUUUCAGGUA